AUGGAGAGACAGUACCAAGGCAGAGGGAAGGGAGCCUGCUGGUCCCUGAGACUCUGGACAGUUGCUGUGAUUUCCAUCCUCCUCCUCAGCACCUGUUUCAUCGCGAGCUGUGUGGUGACUUACCAGUUUGCGAUGGACAAACCCAACACAAGACUGUCCGAACUUCACGCAUACCAUUCCAGUCUCACCUGCUUCAGUGAGGGGACAAGAGUGUCAGAAAAAAUGUGGGGAUGUUGCCCAAGUCACUGGAAGCCCUUUGGCUCCAGCUGCUACCUCAUUUCUACCAAUGAGAACAUCUGGAGCAUCAGCGAGCAGAAAUGCAUUGAGAUGGGGGCUCAUCUGGUGGUGAUCAACACUGAAGCCGAGCAGAAUUUCAUCACCCAACAGCUGAACAGGUCAUUUGCUUACUUCCUGGGGCUCUCUGACCCACAAGGUAAUAACAAAUGGCAAUGGAUUGAUAAUACUCCUUUCAGUCAAAACGUCAGGUUCUGGCACCCCCAUGAGCCCAACUUGCCUGAAGAACGAUGUGCUUCAAUAGUUUUCUGGGAUUCUCUGAAAUGGGGCUGGAAUGAUGUUUUCUGUGAUAGUAAAUAUAACUCAAUAUGUGAAAUGAAGAAGACUUACCUAUGAGUGGCAUUUCAUUCAUUCAUACUUU